AUGUUCAACCACCUCGCGCUGGUCUUCUUCGCGGCCGUGACCGCCCUUUUCGGUCAUUACAUCUCCGCGGCUCUCUUCUCUUCGCUCAAGAUCUUCCCCGGACCAUUCUGGGCGCAAUUCUCCAAUUUCUGGAGAUUCUUCAACGUCAAGAAGCACCACAAGCUUCAGCUCGACCUUCACCGCAAGUAUGGCUCUGCCGUCCGCUUCGGACCCAACGUCGUCUCAUUUUCCGACCCUGCCUUGAUUCGCACGCUGUACGACACAAGAGGCACCUACCCAAAGUCCGACUUCUACUCGCCAAUGGACACACUUCUGCCGUCCGGUGCCAUCGUGCAGAACAGCUUCGGGACACGCGACAAUACAUGGCACGGUCAGUACCUCAAGCCUAUCUCCGCCUUCUACCGGGACAUGAAGCACGUCUUUGCGCUCGAGCCGCAGAUCGACAGCACCGUCCAGCAUCUAUGCGAUAAGUUGUCAGAGCCAUGCGCUGGCAAGCCAGCUAGCGUGGAUCUCGAGAGGCAGAUCACAUACCUCGCAUACGACGCAGUAGGAGAGAUCACUUUCUCUUCGCGACUUGGAUUCAUCGACGGCAAGGGCGACGACGGGCAUAUAGACGCUGCAGUGGAUGCGGUAAAACACUUUGCUCGGACUAGUCAAGUUCCGGUUGUGGAUUGGUGGAUGACGAAGAACCGCUACGUCAACCUCGGGAAGGGGGGCUUCGGCUGGGCUGCGGACUUCGCCAUCGCCAGGUUGCAGCAACGGAUGAAGGAGAACGAAGAGCGAGCGAAGACCGGGGAGACCAAGGAGCGCCUGGACCAUCUCGACCUGUUCAUGCAGCUGCCGAGCACACCGCCCGAGAUGAUCGUCUCGUACACCAUGCAGAACCUGGUCGCGGGCGCUGACACCGUUGCAAUCACCAUCCAGGCCACCAUGUUUCACCUCCUCAAGAACCGCUCUGCCUACGACCGCCUCACGAAGGAUCUUCUCGCAGCAAACCUUUCCAUGCCCGUACAAUACAAGGAGGCCUGCUCAGUGGAAUACCUCGAAGCCGUCAUCAACGAGGGUCUCAGAAUCGCCCCGGCCAAUGGCAUGUCCCUCGAGCGAGUGGUUCCGUCGGGGGGGCUCACACUGCCGGACGGUCGUUUCAUCCCCGAGGGCACCCUGGUCGGCAUCAAUCCAUGGGUCGUGCAAAGAGAUGAGAAAAUCUACGGUGCGGAGGUUGACUCGUUCAAGCCCGAGCGCUGGCUCAGAGCGAGUGGCGAGGACGAAGCUGCCUUCACCCAGCGACUGCAAGGCAUGAAGUCGACCAUGCUCGCGUUCGGAGCUGGCAACCGUGUGUGUCUGGGCAAGAAAAUCGCGGAGCUCGAGAUUUACAAGACGAUUGCUACGCUGGUGGCGAGCUUCGAAAUCGCACUUGAAGACCCUAACGCCAAGCUCGAUCAGCCAAACUACUGGUUCACAUUCGUGGAGUCGCCAAUAAUGGUGCGGAUGCAGAAGCGGUGA